AUGCCCGCCGCGUCUCCCACGGGGCCCUGGGCCCCCGCGGCCCCCAACGCCACGGCGGCGGCGGCGGCCAACGUCAGCGUGCCCGAGGUGCCCCUGUUCCACCUGUUCGCCCUGCUGGACGAGGAGCUGCACGCCGCCUUCCCGGGCCUGUGGCUGGCCCUGAUCGCGGUGCACGGCGUCAUCUUCCUGGCGGGGCUGGUGCUCAACGGACUAGCGCUGUACGUCUUCUGCUGCCGCACGCAGGCCAAGACGCCCUCGGUCGUCUACACCAUCAACCUGGUGGUGACCGACCUGCUGGUGGGGCUGUCCCUGCCCACGCGCUUCGCCGUCUUCUACGGCGCGCGCGGCUGCCUGCGCUGCGCCCUCCCCCACGUCUUCGGCUACUUCCUCAACAUGCACUGCUCCAUCCUGUUCCUCACCUGCAUCUGCGUCGACCGCUACCUGGCCAUCGUGCAGCCCGACGGCUCCCGCCGCUGGCGCCAGCCUGCCUGCGCCCGGGCCGUGUGCGCCUUCGUGUGGCUGGCGGCCGGCGCCGUGACCCUGUCCGUGCUGGGCGUGAGAGCCGGCGGCGGGCCUUGCUGCCGCGUCUUCGCGCUGACCGUCCUGGAGUUCCUGCUGCCCCUGCUGGUCAUCAGCGUGUUCACGGGCCGCAUCGUGUGCGCGCUGUCACGGCCGGGCCUCCUGCGCCAGGGCCGCCAGCGGCGCGUGCGGGCCAUGCAGCUGCUGCUGACCGUGCUCGUCAUCUUCCUCGUCUGCUUCACGCCCUUCCACGCCCGCCAGGUGGCCGUGGCGCUGUGGCCCGAGGUGCCGAGCCACGCCAGCCUCGUGGCCUACCACGUGGCCGUGACCCUCAGCAGCCUCAACAGCUGCAUGGACCCCAUCGUCUACUGCUUUGUCACCAGCGGCUUCCAGGCCACCGUCCGAGGCCUCUUCCGCCGGCGCGGGGCGGAGCGCGAGCUCCAUGGCAGCACCGUGGUCGGCAUGCAGAGGAGCUCGCGAGCCUUGGGCCGCAAGCACAUCCCGGGCCCCGGCCCCGGCGCCUUCACCCAGGACCUGGCUAACGGGCCAGAGGCUUAG